AUGAUAGUUCAAAUAGCGUGUUGUUUAUUUAAUAAUAAUAGUCCUCUUGUUGGUGUUGUCAGUGGAUCUAUGGAACCAGGGUUCUUUAGAGGUGAUAUUUUAUUAUUGAAAGACAAAAAGUUAGAGUGUGGUGAUAUUGCUGUAUUUAAUGCUCGUAAAACACCUAUUGAUAUUGUUCAUAGAAUUAUCAAAUUAGAUCAUAAAGGAAGAGCUCUUACAAAAGGUGAUAAUAACAGAGGUAACGACAUUCCUUUAUAUAGACCAGGUCAAACAAGAUUAGAUCCUUCUGAUCUUAAAACCACUGCUUUCUUUUAUAUUCCUUUAUUGGCUUUACCUUCUAUUUGGAUUACAACAUUCCCAAUUUUAAAAUAUCUUGUAAUAAUCUUCUCAUUAUUAUCAAUCUAUUUUACUGUUGAUGAUUAUUAA